UGACCAAACUGAUCAUUGUUGUUGUUGUAAAAGUCAUCGUCAUCUUGAUCGAACUUGUAAGUAGAAAGACUCGUGGAAGAAUAGAUAAGAUGAUCUCAGAAAACGGAGAAACAACUCCAGACGGAUCGAUUUGUGGCUAUGACUCGCUGCAUCAACUCUUAUCAGCGAAUCUUAAGCCGGAGCUCUUUCAGGAGGUCAGCCGAUUGCUACUUGGACGUAACUGUGGGAGAUCUCUUGAGCAGAUUAUUCUGCCGGACUCUGCAAAAGCCUUGUCUUCAAAACAUGAUUUUGAUCUUCAGGCUGUUAGCUUUUCAGCUGAUAAAGAGCAGAUGAGAAUGCCUCGAGUGGUCAGAGUUGGUCUCAUUCAAAACUCCAUCGCUCUUCCCACAACUGCUCCAUUUUCGGACCAGAAAAGAGGAAUUUUCGACAAGUUGAAGCCGAUAAUCGAUGCUGCGGGUGUUGCUGAUGUUAACAUACUGUGCUUACAGGAAGCUUGGACUAUGCCAUUUGCAUUUUGCACUAGGGAGAGGAAUUGGUGUGAGUUUGCAGAGCCUGUCGAUGGCGAAUCUACAAAAUUUCUUCAACAACUCGCUAAAAAGUAUAACAUGGUGAUUGUGAGUCCUAUUCUUGAAAGAGAUAUUGAUCAUGGUGAAGUGAUUUGGAAUACCGCUGUGAUUAUAGGGAAUAAUGGAAAUAUCAUUGGCAAGCAUCGAAAGAACCACAUACCGAGGGUAGGAGAUUUCAACGAAAGCACAUAUUACAUGGAAGGAGACACAGGCCACCCUGUGUUUGAGACGGUGUUUGGGAAAAUUGCAGUCAAUAUAUGUUUUGGAAGACACCAUCCUCUAAAUUGGUUAGCUUUUGGUCUAAAUGGUGCCGAGAUUGUCUUCAACCCUUCAGCAACUGUUGGUGGACUCAGUGAACCAAUGUGGCCUAUUGAGGCACGAAAUGCAGCGAUAGCAAACAGUUACUUUGUUGGAUCCAUCAACAGAGUUGGAACCGAAGUGUUCCCCAAUCCGUUUACGUCAGGCGAUGGAAAACCACAACACAAUGAUUUCGGGCAUUUCUAUGGGUCAAGCCAUUUCUCUGCACCGGAUGCUUCUUGCACUCCGUCCCUGUCCCGUUACAAAGAUGGGUUAAUGAUCUCAGACAUGGAUCUCAAUCUCUGCCGGCAAUACAAAGACAAAUGGGGAUUUAGAAUGACUGCAAGAUAUGAAGUCUAUGCCGACCUUUUGGCUAAGUACAUAAAGCCAGACUUCAAGCCUCAAGUCGUCUCUGACCAACUGCUCAACAAGAAUUCUUCAUAAGAAUGAAAAUUUCCAGUAACUGGAAAAAUACUCUGUAACUGUUCAAUGUUCAAUCAUUUGUGUAUCUGUAACAGAGAAUCUGUUUGUAUCUGAAUAUUUGAAUAAUUUGAUGCCAAAAGGCAUCUCCUUUGCCUUUA